GUGGAUGAGACAGCGCGCGGAGGGUUGUGAGAGGCUGUGAAUGUGAUCGAGAGGGUUCUUCUGCGCGCUCAAUUUGUGACUCACAGAGCUUCACGCGGAGCGCAGAGCUGAUCAUCAGAGAUGCCAAUUAACUCCACGCAAUCACCAGUCGACCUUUUUAGCUUUCUCAAACCAACUAGUUAUUUUAUAGCCGCGCGAGUCGAAGGCACCUUACCGUAAAUUCAUUGCAUAUUGAAAAGCGUUUGUGUGUGUUUAAGAUAUAGUAAAAAAGUAGCUUAAAGACAUUGACUUGAAGGGAGACGUCAGGACAUAUAGCAGAAGAAAAAGCGUUUAGUCCUCAUUUACAGGUUCUGUCUGCAACCGGCCUAACAAGAGGAACGUUUAAACUCCAGGACAGCAAGGCGGAGGAGCCAACCGAAAUGGAUAUGUCACCAGAACUUACUGCGCUCUAUUUGAACGCCAGCCUCACAAAUUCCUUCGCAAACAACAGUAAUGUGACCAACCUUACCAGUAUUACCUACUACCCGUACUACCAGCACUCUCUGCCUGUGGCUACUGCCCUGACUCUGGCCUACCUCUUCAUCUUCCUACUAUGCAUGGUGGGAAAUGGUUUGGUAUGUCUCAUCGUGCUGGAGAACCGGCAUAUGAGAACGGUCACAAACCUCUUUAUCCUCAAUCUGGCCAUGAGCGACCUUCUGGUGGGGGUUUUCUGUAUUCCGACAACCCUGGUGGACAACCUAAUUACAGGUUGGCCAUUCACAAACACUGUCUGUAAGAUGAGUGGCCUGGUGCAGGGCAUGUCCGUCUCUGCCUCUGUGUUCACGCUGGUGGCCAUCGCUGUUGACAGGUUCCGUUGCAUUGUGUACCCCUUCCAACCCAAACUCACCUUGCUGGUUGCCAAGGUGACCAUAGUGAUGAUCUGGGUGCUUGCUGUGGUAAUUAUGUGUCCAUCAGCUGUGACGUUAAUGGUGGAGAGAGUAGAGCAUCAUUACAUGGUCUACAAUGAAGACUACAACCACACAUACCCACUGUUCUCUUGCUUUGAGAACUGGGCAAAUCCACAGAUGAGAAAAGUCUACACCACCGUCCUGUUUGCACACAUCUAUCUUAUUCCCCUCGCCCUAAUUACGCUUAUGUAUGGACGUAUUGGGAUCAAACUCUACACCACCACUGUGAUCUCCGGGAAUGAUCAGCAUGAUGGUGGCCAGCCUCACGCUUCUCCUCCGGCCCCCAGGGCUCAACAGGAAGGCCGGUCCCUCAUUUCCCACAAGAAGAUCAAGGUGAUUAAGAUGUUGAGUGUUGUGGCCCUAUUAUUCACACUGUCCUGGCUGCCUCUCUGGACCCUGAUGCUCCUCACGGACUAUGGUGGUCUGAAUGAGGACAAGUUGGAACUGCUGACCGGCUACAUAUUCCCAUUUGCUCACUGGUUAGCCUUCUCAAACUCUAGUGUCAACCCCAUCAUCUAUGGGUACUACAAUGAGAACUUCAAGAGAGGGUUCCAGGCAGUGUGCAGGACACAUUCAUGCUGCUGUGGGAGGAUGUUGGCAGGCAAUGGAGCGCGACGGAAAGCCAACAGAGGAGAAGUCAGGGAGCCUGCGGUGAACUUUGGUGCAAGGAACCGUGUGUACACUGAUGGCGACCUAAAGUACUCUGGUACACGUCUGGAGAUAGAUCAGAGAAGAACUGGGCGGCUUUGUAACUCUGUCUGCACGAAUGAAACAGGAUCCGGUGUAGGAUCUGGGGUCACAAACCAAAAAGUCUUUCAGAUGGAAGAGCCAGAGAAAGUAAGUCCCAUGCAAGUGGGCAAAAAUCAAGCCUGGGACCAAUAGGUGGAUUAUUUAUGGUAUGAGAAAUUAAGCAGGACAAGUCAUAAUGAUCAGAACGACAUGUUUUUCAGUAUCAAGAGCAUCUUUUCAGACAGUUUCUGUGAAAACACUGGUGUCACCAAAGAUGAAAUAAUUCCCUUCUCAGAAUCUAAAUGAACUAGUUCUUCUCCACAAAUUAACCUUCCAAGAGCCCAAUUUUGUUUCCUAUAAAGUGCAAAUAAGUGAGGCUUUAAUAGAAUAUGAAGUCUUAUUUAAAGAGUGCUGAAAAAUGUUUCCUUGUUAUAAACAACUUAAACUCUAUAGACAGCUCUAUUACCACUUAAAAUAAUUUCAACUCUUCUCUCAGUUUGUAAAAUAAAACAAAAAAAGUCUUACAAUGGACGUCUAGGCGGCAAACUUAACAUUUUAGACUUUCACAGUAAGUGAAUUUGUCAAUGCAUUUUUUUAUUUUUUUUUUACAUUAAUUCAAAACAAGAUUUCAGAUGGGAUUGGAGUCUGUCAAAUGGGAUUGGAGUCUGAAAUGUUCACAAACUGGAUCUAUCUCAUUUUAGUUUUCACCUUUCUUGCCAUCUCUACUGCCGUAACAAAGGCACUCAAUAAUACAUCACAAGAAAACCUAAUACAACAAGAAGAAUGAAAGUCGACCCUCUCUAUGGGCAUACAGAGAAUAAAAACCAAAUCCCUGUUGUGAGCUGGGGAAUGUAUAUUUGUAUCAGUGUCUUGAUAUAACUAUCAAAUGGGUCUCCCUUCAGCUGGAGCUAACACGGCGAUGACAUUCAUGAAGCUGGAAAAUGUUUAUCCUUUAGUUUCUGCCAGCACUUCAAAUUACACACUAUUAUAAAUUGUCAGUAUUUCUUAGAAGGCUUGGUACAUAAUAACCAGCAGAUAUUCAUAUAUAGUACAUUAAGUACUAAGUGACCAUGAGGGAUAAACUCAAUGGAGUUCUUAAUGAAAGUUUGGUAGGAGCUCGUUCGUUUAGUCCUGUCAGUCACUACACAAGGGCAUAUACUGUACAGUGAGAUAAGUAUGUGUACCCUUUGGAAUUAGCUGGUUUUCUGCAUUAAUU